UAAAGCUUUCAAGAACUCUAAUAGCAUUUUCCAUUUCACAAGCCAAGCUGAGAGCAAAACAGAGGUUACUCUGUUUCCCCUGUUUGGUUCUGUUUUUCUUUGUUUCUUUUCCCUUUGUUUGCUUUUUCUCUGUUUCCAUAUGCUCGCUUGGAGCAAACGAUCGAUCAUGGUAGCCUCUGGCUAUUCUCAACUCAGAGAAAUAGCUGCUACCGAAGCUUUUCUUGUCGAUGAAUCCUCUUUCGACAACAUCAAACUUCAGAAGGCGAACGCGAUCAAGAAGCAUCGGCAGCUUCAAAAGAUUGCAAACUUGUUCAGGUUCAUAGAGAUAUGUCUUGUUCUUGCAUUGAUUUCGAGGUUUUCGAUUGGACUCCCAGUUGCUGUCAAGAACUCUAGUGAAUACUUCAAGGACUUAACUGUCAUCCUUGCAAGCCCUCGCUUUAUUUUCAUAGUUGGAAACGCGAUAGUCAUCACACUUUUUGCAAAGUCAGGCCAGUUUUCCGCUCAAGAUUCCACUGGAAAGAAAUCAACAAAUGAUUUUUACGAAGAGUUUGUCAGAAAGAGCGAAAGGAGUCGGGGCAUGCACCGAUAUGAAGUUGAGUGCAGACAAAAACAGAGCACUUGCGUACAAGAGAAAGUUACAGAAGAAGCUGUCGCAUCCUUGGAAAUUAAGAAAUAUCAAAGAAGCCAAUCACAAAAAUUGGAACAAGCUAAUCGUAGUAACUCCUGCAAGGAAUUGAGGCGGGUAGCGACAGAGAAAUGCAGGAGAAGUGUUGAUAAUAGUGAAGGAUGGAUGAAGAUAUCGUAUCCUGAAGAUAGCAUGAGCAACGAGGAGUUCCGGUGCACAGUGGAGGCUUUCAUUGCUAGGCAAAAGAGGAUUAGAAGAGAUGAGGAAAACUCUGUAUAAACAAACAUAAGUCUUUUUCUUUCUUUCUUUUUUUUCCCACUUUUUUCUUCCCUCCACCUUUGUAUUACUGGGGUGUCUUGUACAUUGCUAAAUCAUUUCUGCAAUGUAGAUUAUCUAAUUGUCUGUUUUUAUUUCUUAAA